UGUGAAUUUUAUGUGAUAAGAUUGUGGAUCGUUGUGAGUACGGUGUAGAAAUUGGAACAUUUUUUUGUACAUUUCAGUUUUUCCAAUUUCUGUAAAAUUGUACGAACCGUGUAAUUUUCCCAAAAUUUUCAAAAGUUAGAAAAAACAAAAUUUUCAAAAAUUAGAUUCAAAAGAAAUAAAAAAAAAUUGAGUCUUAGAGAAGGUUAGAGAAGGUGGACGGGCGGAGGAGAGGCAGCGACCAGGCUGGGUCGUAAUGGUAGUUGACGAUCGUAGAAAUUCGGAGAUGGGGCCGUACGGCGGAGCAACAGCCGGGUCGCGCCGCGAUGGCGGAAGUCGACGACUGCAAGAUCGCAGAAGGAGGGUCGGGUGGCGGAGCUGCGACAACUGUGUUGCGUCGUGAUGACGGCGACCAGGGGUCGCGAAACCGCGUCACGAUGGUUGCGGAAGACGAACGGUGCCGCACCUGUGGCAGGCCAUGUCGCGAUAGAGGUAAACAAUGUUCGCGGGGUGCGCACGACAAAGUUACGGCGGUUGGGCGAUGCCGUGAUGGCUGGAGCCGGAGUUCAGUGUCGCAUCACGGGCCAAUGGCUGCGGCAGGCGUUAUCUGUGUCGAAAGGGUUCUGCGGAGGCACAACACUGUACAACCGCAGGUCAUCGACGGUGUUGUACGACGACGGGUUGACUGCGGAGGUUCGGGCCCGACGACGGGUAUGGGUGGGUCAGACAUUUUUCGACAGUUUUCAUUUCAGAAAGCCGGAUAAAUUUUAGGGUUAUUUUUGUUAACCUAAUUUAAAGGAAGACAAUCAUUAGUGAUUUCAAAACAUUAUCAAAGCAGUGAUCAAUUUCUUAACAAAGAAAAGAACAAUCAAGGUUAUUCUCCGUUUUUCUGAGUUCAAUCAUUGUCAUUCCAAAAGUCAACUUUGGAGUUUUCAUAUUCUUGUUAAACAACAACUUUGAAUCUAUCAUGGGAAACUUUAUUUAUUAGUCUAUCGCAGUGAACUAAAAUUUGUUCUAUUAUUGUAAGUUUAACCAGUUAUUUUCAAUUUAAAUAAAUCUCCAAUAUGUUAUAUAAUUACUUCUAAGAUGGUUAGAAUUCAUACAAAUGCCCAACAUAAUAAACAAUUGGUUAUUAGCUUAUAAGUAUUUUUUUUUUAAUAAUAUAGUAUUUUGAUUAUCGAUAGAACUUACAAUACAAAAAUGCUAAAAAAAAUUUUUUUGACAAAUAACACUUUUGUGGCAAAAACAUUAUAUAAAAAAAAAACGCGAUAGAUAUGUUUAUGUUCCUCCUAAAUAUCUCAUAUUUCAUUUUUAUCUUUUAAUUUUUUUUAAAGAAUGAUCAUUCUAAAAUUUUUAUACACACUUUUGUUAAAAGUAUUUUUGAUAAUUCAAGUGUUGUAACCGGAUAACACGAAGGUCUAACUGGUUACAGCAAGAUCAAAGACACUUCUAAGUUGAAGAAACAAUGAAAAUUUCGUAGCUGUAACUGAUUAAUAUCUGCAUGUAACCGGUUACCAUUUAAAGGAGAUUUAUUUUAGUGUCAGCCGUAAUCGGUUACGGGUUUUGUGUAAUCGAUUACAUGCCCUAGUUUUUUUGUUUUCAGUUAUGUAAUUGUGUGUAUUGUGUCUUAAUCACUUUUGUAUUGUUUGUAUAAAUGUCAUGGAGGCAUCUUCAUCUUAGUUAAUGAAAAUAUUUUCACCCUCAA